GCAUUUACCAGAAAAAGUCAAAGACGACGUUCAGCUGAAGAACAUGAGCGGGCAGUGGUUUUACGAAGCAAAGUCAAAGAGGCACAGAGAUAAGAUACAUGGAACAGAUAUUAUUAGAGCUUCCAUGCGACGGAAGCCUGCCACUCUUGCUGAAGUGAGUCAUAACAAAUCAAACAAAGCAAAGAACAGCUGGGUGAGCAAUGUUAAUAAAGAAGCCUUUGUGCCACCAGAACUACAUGGCAUUGUGGAACAUCAAGAAGAAGAAGAAGAACUGAAGUCUAGUCCGAGUUCUAAACCAAUAACCUCUUUGUUAGACAAACCAGAGCAAAAGCCUAUGAAGGCAGCAAUCUCACCAGUGAAGGAAAGGAGAAAUCCAUUUAAUUCCACUGCAUCAGGUGAUAACUUGAACAGUGGGGAAGCAGAAAACAGACCAGCCAUUCUACCUCAGCUAUCAAAUAAGGAAAUUUUGUCACCCUCGAAAGAGAGCCAACCUAAACAAAACUUAGUAAAUGAUGAAACGGAGAAACAUAAGAAGCCUUCUGUAGAACCCACUGAUGAAUCACAGAAAGGACUAGUUAAGCGUCCUGUCCCAAGAGCUAGAAAAUUAAUUCACAAAGCAACAGAUCCUGUGUCACAAAGAGAAGACUUUGUUCCAAAACCAGCCAAGCAGACCGAGAGGAUGAAUGGCGUUGGUACACCACCCAGGGGCAUUCUGAAGCGCAGUUCAAGUUCAAGUUCCACUGACUCAGAAGUUCGUGUUAGUCAGAUGUUAGAUGUUCAGAAGAAGAAUGGUCUUCCUACCGCAACUAUUUUCGAAAGGGAAGCUGAGAAGAACUCUCUUACAGAAGAAGUGGAAGACUCCACACAAAUUUCACUGGAAAAACUAAAGCAAGUGAGGUUCUCACCUAGCACAGGUAAAGGAGAACCUCUGCAAAGCUCACAGCUACACCAUAGUAGAGAAGAAGGAGAGUUUGGUUUGUUAGAAUCUGAUGAAAUAAAGAGUAGUGGAAAUGAUACUGUUAGAUCAGAUUCACUUGGGAAUAAGCAAAUUUCUGCUGUAAAGCCUUUGGGAACCUCUUCUUCAGCUUUACAAGGAAAAACAGUAGAUGGCUUACAGAAUGAUACAUUAGCAUCUGGUCCUCGUGGCACUAACAGAUCAGUCUUCCUGGUUAAUGAAACCUUGCAGACAAAGCCAGUUGCUCCUAAGAAACUUGAAACUCCACAGAAGACCCUCAGCAAUAUCCCGCCAAAUAGCAAUAAUGAACUGAGUGUUGAUGAGACACGUGAAAAUAAAGCCAACCGGUUCUUGAGCCAUGAAUCCAAGUCACACAAAAACUUUACUGAUGAACGUCAGCUUUCUGCUGAGACAGAAGCCCAUGAGGUGUCAAAUACCAAUUCUACAAGUCUUCAACAAGGUAAGCCUGAUCUUGUUGAGGAGCAAGAUGCUAAAACCACUUCCAAGCCUGACAAACAUGCUGAUGAACUCAUGAAAGUGACCGAUGAAUCUGUAUCAAAAGUUUUAGAUUGGUUUAAAAGAAGUUCUGGUACUGAAGAUGAGAAACAUGUAUCAGCUAGAUCCCUUGGCAGGGAACCCGAAGAGAAAGUGAACUUCUCAACCAGAACAGCAGUUCUUCCUGCAGAACACAGUGGGCCUAGCAUGGAUGGGAAAACAGAACUUAAAGAAGGGUUCCCAUUUGGAACGAUUAAACGACAGAACAGUAUUGCAUCUGCAUCAUUUAUUUCACAAGAUAUACAACUGAUAAAAGAGAGGAAGAAAAUGAAGAAAGGGGAAGAGAAUGAGGAGCAAAAUGACAAAUCACUAACUAAAUUUGACUGUACAGGAGCUGAAGAAAAAGAGCGUGGUCAAGAAACAAAACAACAAAAUCAAAAAUCAAAUCUCUUGGAACAUCAAGAGCAGAAGUUACCAGCUCAGAAAUGUGAAUUGGAGAAGGCAAUACGAGAAAAAAGAAGAAUAAGUGAAAUCAGAGCAUUCUGGGAAAGGGAUAAAACUAUCCCCAGUCACGGAAAGAAAGAAGUUAAUAUCAAUAGUAAUGCAUCAGGUGGCAAUGCAUUGAAAGGUCUCAGAGACAAAUUACAGCCAACUGCAGUGUGCCUUCCUGAUGGACUGGAUGAUCAAAGCAAGAAUACGCCAAGAAGUGCUGAACUAAGUUGUGCAAGCCAGCCUUCAAGAAACAAACAUCAAAACUCUUUUGAGUUUGGACCAGACCAUGCUGUUGAAAAGCCAGGAAGAGUACUUCGAUCUGAUAGUGAAGUUCAUGAAUAUACAGAAUUGCCAAAAGCCAGUAACUUGCAGCCAAGAGUUGGUGCCACUUCAGCUUCCCCGGAAAGCAAAGACAAAGACGGGAAAGGAACACUUAAAGGAAAAGUUGCUGCUUGUUCCCAACAGAAGCCCAGCUUCCAGGUUUUGUCUUUAAAAGAAAAACUGAAUGACAAGUCUAAGAAUCAAAUUUCAGAUCCUUCACAGUUCCAGAGUUUGAGAAACUUCUGGGAUACUGGAGUUAAAUUACAGAGUAGCAUUGAUAGGGGAGAUGCUGCUUUGCCAAACAAUACUAGUUCAAUAACCUGUAGAAGAAAACCUAAGGAAGAUAAAAAAGGCAGAGAUAAUGUGAGCAAGCAAGAGUUAAUUCAACAACAAACCCAAACAUGGGAGAGAGAAGAAAAACCAGAUUCUGUGGUAUGUGAACUGCUUCUAGGUUCACCUACCCUGAAAGGUCUCAGUGUGACACACAUGAAAAAUACAGACUCCAUCCAGCUGGACAGAAAACCAGUUAUUUCAAAACCUCAGGAAAAGAUGGGUCUUUCAGAGCAAGAAGUUAAAGAAUGUGUAGAAAAAGGUAUUGUCUCAUCAGAAGAACAUCAUGUUUCCUUGCAGUUGCUCCAAUUGCCUGGUGAUAAAGAUGCUUUAAAGGAGACAGCAGUAGAUGAUUGGCCAUGUUUACCUAUAGAAAAAGUGGAGAACAAGACUACUCCAUUAGAUAUCAAUCUUCCUAAAGAGGAAGUUGCAGAGACUGUGGAUAAGGUGAUUCUGCCUAAAGCUGAGCUUGAUGGAUUUAAAUUAGGCCUAAAGAAGUUAGAAAAGGAAGCCUCUGAGAUGUCAUCUAGCUUGAACCUAAAAGAAAGCAUUUCAAAAGGGACAACUCUUCACUCAAAUCAGUGUAAGAUCUCUGAAAGAAGAGUAGAACAGAUCCACGACAUUUCUCUUGUUGAUCAAAAAGAAAUAAGCAAAAGCACGGGAAGAGUCAAUGUGCCAUCAACAGAUGGCCAUGAAAACAAUAAAAGCCUCAGGAAACUGUUUAGGGAAUUUGAACCUUUCUGUCUACAACAUCAGGCAGCAGACAAGGAGGAUACUCUUGGGGUUUCUCAGAGGCCUCAAGGUGGUUUGCAGAACCCGCUCAGAGAAACCUUUGCGUCUCAACCUUCUGAAUAUAGAAUGGUGGGAAUAAAAACAUCCAAUGACACAAAUAACAUAUCACAAAAUAAUUAUAGUGUAGAAACAACAUGCCAAGAAGAUACUGGUCAGACUGAAGAAGUCAAUGAGACCAUAGAAAAGUCUGUUGCGCCAUCCAAG